AUGCCGCUUGCUAAGGACCUUUUGCAUCCACUGCCAGAAGAGGAACGCAGGAAGCACAAGAAGAAACGUCUUGUGCAGCAUCCGAAUUCCUUUUUUAUGGACGUCAAAUGCCCUGGAUGUUAUAAGAUCACGACAGUUUUCAGUCAUGCUCAGACCGUCGUCCUGUGCGUUGGAUGUUCGACCGUGCUGUGCCAACCGACAGGAGGUAGAGCGAGGUUGACGGAAGUGUACAUGCUUGCGAAAGAUUUAUUGCAUCCGCUGCCGGAGGAUGAGCGCAGGAAACACAAGAAGAAGCGAUUGGUGCAACAUCCGAAUUCAUAUUUCAUGGACGUCAAAUGUCCAGGUUGUUACAAAAUCACCACCGUAUUCAGUCAUGCGCAGACCGUAGUAGUGACUUCGAAACCACUGCCGAAAUCGGCGAAGGUCCAGCAAGAAUUGUUGAGAAUUUCUCCGGAUGGCCCUCAAGACUCUCAUCUUUUGAACGUAGCGAUUCUGGGCGCACCAAACGCCGGAAAAUCCACUUUCAUAAAUGCUCUGGCGGGAACUAAAAUCGUUUCUGUAUCCUCCAAAGUCCACACGACGGAAAAAUCAGCUUCUGUUGUUUUGAGUGAAGGUACAACACAAAUCGUUAUUUUGGAUACUCCUGGGGUAGUAAACGCUGCGGAAGCAAAGAGGCAUCGUCUACCUUCAACGUUUGUCCGUGAUCCCGAGAAAUGUUCUGAAAUCGCAGAUGCAUUGGUGGUCAUUCAUGAUGCCUCAAAUCCGUAUCAAUGGAAUCAGCUCGACCCAACGAUCAGAAAAAUUCUGGAGCUGAAUUCUGAUAAACAGAGUCUGCUCGUUUUGAAUAAGGUGGACAAAAUCAAGUCUAAGAGAACGCUUUUGGAUCUCAUGCGUGUAUUAAGCGAUGGCGUUGUUGAUGGGAAAGCGUGUGUUUCGUACAGUGGUCGACUCGCAAGUAAAAGUGAAGCAAAAUUCGACGCUGAUGAACUCGCUGAACGUUUUCUUUCGCGCGAAUCGCUGUCCAGAAGUGGAUUUAUCACAACAGCUCGACGGAAUGACGAAGAACACUCCGUUGAAACAACCUUGAAUAAUGAAUCCGGAAACGGGUGGAGUUCGUUUUCCCGCGUGUUCAUGGUUUCUUCGCUUACGGGUGAUGGUAUCGCGGACGUGAAGGAAACGUUAAUCAACAUGGCGCUUCCGCUUCGAUGGAAAUAUCAUCCCGUCGUGACCACGGACCAAGAUCCAAAAGAUCUUGUUCUUCAGUUUGUUCGUGAAAAGUUCCUUGACAAACUCAAGAAGGAGAUGCCGUACAUGUUGAAUUUCAAAAUUACGACGUGGAAAAUCGUUGAUGAUGACUUCUUCAUACAGAUUCAGGUUGUACCUGCAAAACCACACUGGGUCAGGUACCUAAUCGGUUCAGGAGGAAGGCACGUGAGAGAAAUCGCUAUGGCAUUGGAGGAGGAACUUUCGAAGUUGUUUCGCUGUAACACGAAAGUGUCGAUCACGGUUGGUGGGGGAGAACUCCAAAAGAAUAAACCCGCGCUUCAGAAGCAUAAAAUCUCUUCAUAA